AAAUGAAAGAUUAAACGUGUUAUUAGCAGAGGAGAGCUGACGAGCGGGUCAGACAGAGACAGACGGUCUACCUGGUCAUGGAUCUCCUGCUGAUGCUGUUGCUGUUGCUGUGGAGCUCAGGACUCCAGGCUGAAGAUAAACACCAAUCAACAGAGCCUGUCAGGUUGGUGGGAGGAGCCAGUCACUGUGCAGGUACACUGGAGGUAAAACAGGGAGAGUGGAGACCAGUCAGAUAUGACUUUUUCUGGACCCUGAAGGAAGCAGCUGUUGCCUGCAGAGAAUUGGACUGUGGCUCUGCUGUUUCAAUAGGAAGCAGAGAUGAGUCCUCAGACAGACCUGUAUGGAGGAUCAGAACUGACUGUCUUCAGUCUGGAUCUGCACUGAGGGGCUGUGCAUCAUCAGUUUCCUCUUCCUCCAUCGUGGAGAUCACCUGCUCAGACUCUGUCAGGCUGGUGAAUGGGACUAGUCUGUGUUCAGGCAGACUGGAGGUGAAGUCUGAGCAGUCGUGGUCCUCAGUGUGUGAAGCUGACUUUGACCAGCAGGAUGCAGAGGUGGUCUGUAGGGAGCUUGGCUGUGAGGCUCCGUCAGUCCUCCAGGGGGCGCUCUAUGGAGAAGUGGAGGCUCCAAUGUGGACCAAAGAGUUCCAGUGUGGAGGCAAUGAGUCUGCUCUCCUGGACUGUAGAAGAUCAGACUCAGCUAGAAGAACCUGCUCACCUGGUAAAGCUGUUGGACUCACCUGCUCAGAGCCUGUCAGGUUGGUGGGAGGAGCCAGUCGCUGUGCAGGUACACUGGAGGUGAAACGGGGAGAGUGGAGACCAGUGAGUGACUCUUUCCGGACCCUGAAGGCAGCAGCUGUUGACUGCAGAGAAUUGGACUGUGGCUCUGCUGUUUCAAUAGGAAGCAGAGAUGAGUCCUCACGUAGACCUGCAUGGUGGAUCAGACCUGACUGUCUUCAGUCUGGAUCUGCACUGAGGGAAUGUGUAGAAUCAUCAGAUUCCUCUUCCUACAUUGUGGAGCUCACCUGCUCAGACCUGCUGCUUCAGCCAAUCAUCUCUGUGUCUCCUACCAUGGACGGGGUCUCCGGGGCCCAGCAGCAGGGGUUUCAGGUUCUCCAGGGCUCCAACUUCACCAUCAGCUGCUCCGUCCAGCCUCAGUACCCAGGAGGCUCCUUCCAGAUCACCUUCACCUCCUCCAACACGACAUAUAACUACACCCAGCCAGCUGUCAAUCACUCUGCUGACUUCCUGUUUCCUGCUGCAGACCCCGCCCACCAAGGAAGUUACAGCUGUGUUUAUGGCGUCUAUGUUUUUUCUCAUAACUUCUCCUCUGAGAGCCGUCUGCUCUCUCUCACUGUCACAGAUCCAGAUGAGACAUUUCACAGAACAGUUUUAAUCAUCCGACUGGUCGUCGUCCUGCCGGUGGCUCUGCUGCUGUCUAACACUGCCCUCUAUUUCAUCCUGAAGGUACUGAACAUGUUUGUUUAGAGGACUGGUUGAAAUGAAGCACUCAGCCUGUUUAUACUGAUAGAGGAGUGAUGCAGUCACUUAGAUCUGUGUUGUCAUGUCU